AUGGAUUCUCCGCCGGAGUGUGUGUUGUCUCUUUCUUGUGAGCAGCCCCAGUCUCCCCCAACACUGCCAUCCCUUGACCACAGCCCCCAGGCCUCUUCUCCUCACACCCAGCUCUCUCUACCUGACAGCCCUGUAGUCCUGCCAAUCCACAGCCCCGAACCUUCACCCCAGAGCCCCGACACCACGCCUUAUUUCCCCCUCUCUCCCUUCCCCCUCCACGAGGACAACAACCACGACGUUGAUGAAGAAGACGAAGAGGAUGCUCUGGAUGGAGUUCCUCCGUCCCCGACCCCGGCGGUGGCUCUCUUUCCAGGAGGAGGGGGACCAGAAGCUGGAUGCAGCCCUUGUUUGGACUCCUCUCCACCAGCCACACCGUCAGCACCACUGCUUGGGUUUGGAGCCCUGGAGCUGGCCCUCUCAUCCGGGCAGAGUGGUAACUGCAACGACGAGCUAGACCUUCAGCUGUUCCAGAAAGAUACUGUGACCAGGGCGAUACCUGGAGCGGGAGGGGCUUCUCCGGGACCUGCACUUAGGUUUCCCUGUCACGUGUGCGGAAAGAGAUUCCGAUUCCAAAGUAUUUUGUCUCUUCAUGCUCGAGCUCACAGUCUGGACCGAGAUCGCCGAGCUACAGCCCUAUACCGGACUGGACUCCCCUCUGCACCCCUAAAGCACCACCUGAAAGUCCAACAGAACCACAAAGACUUAAUUCAGAAUCACCGAAGUGGGCCAAACCAGCGUAUACUACCAGGGACUCUCAUCCAGCACCUCACAGAAGACGAGGAUGUUGACGGUGAGGUCAAAGGUCUAGAUGACGGCCUACAGUCAGACCACAACCCAAACUUUUUAUUGGAUGACAGCACACCAUUGACCCCUCCACUUACAGAGGACCCUGUUUCUGUGACCCCUCCUUGUUCUUCUAGCAUUGCGGAGGGUGCGUCUACUCCCAUAGCGCCUACGUUUCGCUGCCACGCCUGCAAAGGAAAAUUCCGCACGGCCUCGGAGUUGGCUCGCCACGUCCGCAUUCUCCACAACCCAUAUAAAUGCACUCUUUGUCCUUUCUCUGCCAGCCAAGAAGAGAGCCUGGCAUCCCACUUGCAGGAGUGCCACCCUUCCCCUGAGGUACCUGCUCUGCAACCGGCCUUCAACUCCAGGCCAGUCAUUGCAACCCCUGACACUCCUGUGCCCACACCGACCCAUACCCCAGCCCCGACCCCAAGUACCCCACAGGUGACAGCAGCAGCUACGACAGCUGCGUCUGUCACACUGCCAGCAUUUCGCUGCGAAACUUGUGGACAGCGGUUUACCCAAUCUUGGUUCUUGAAGGGACACAUGCGAAAGCACAAGGACUCCUUGGACCAUAAGUGCCAAGUAUGUGGCCGUGGCUUCAAAGAGCCUUGGUUCCUCAAAAACCACAUGAAAGUACAUCUCAACAAGCUUGGGCUGAAGGCCGGGCUGGGAACCCUUGGGGGACCAGGAGGUGCAGACCAGCAAGCCAAGGGCUCUGCUAGUAAUCAGUCUCUCAACGCCCUCUAUUCAAGCCUCCUUCUGGCUCAGCAAAGAGGUGGCAGAGGUGGGCAAGGAAGAUCAGAGAGAGAAGCAGGAGGCAGAAUGGGGAUGGGCUCAAGCAAGUCAGCCAUUCUGGGAUACCUCGGGUUGCCCAGUGAUGGCAGUGGGGCCAGCUGCAUGGAGAGACUUCAAGCAGUGGCUCAAGUGGCAGAAAUGGGAAAUGGUGGUGGUGGCGGCAUUGGCGGCUCAGGAGGAGGGGAUGCAGGACGAGGAGGGGGAGCAAGUAGAGGAGGGGGCACAGGUGAAACCACCGCAUCUAUUUCAGAAGGAGGGGACCAGGCGACUUGGUGGCAGCUGGUGGCUCGCAGCCUGGCAGUGGCUCAGCAGCAGCAGCAGCAGCAGCAGCAGCAGCAGCAGAGGCCCCACCAGCGAGGCCAACAAGGCCAACGAGGCCAAGGUAGGAGCUCGGUGAUCACGGAGGCCGACCAAGUCAGAGCCUACCUCGGAGGCCUAGACCCGAGAGAUGAGUCUGGCGGAGUGGGAGGGCCAUGGGAAUGCCCAGACUGCGGAAAGCUAUUCCGCAGCCUGCAGCAGGUGGUCGUUCAUGCUCGCGUUCACACUCAGAGGCCCCAGAAAGGAGGCGGCAACGAAGAGGAGGGGAGCGGCAGCCGUAGAGGAGCUGGGCUAGGAAGAGGAGUCGGCAGUGAAGUGAGACAGGAAUCUCAGCUACAUGGUGGUGGAUCCCAACAAACGGGAGAAGUGAGACCGGAAUCAAAAUUGCACGGCGGAGGAUCAGCAGGAGCAGCUACGGGGUUUCACUCCGUCAUCUCAAGCUUCAAAGGAGAAAAUGGUUUGACAGCAGUCUCCUCCAUACCUUCAGUUCCCACCAGGGAGCGAGUGCGUGGUAGAGGGAUAAAAGACUGCCCCUACUGUGGUAAAGCCUUCCGCUCUUCACACCAUCUCAAAGUGCACCUGAGAGUUCACACAGGUGAGAGACCCUACAAAUGUCCCCACUGUGACUAUGCGGGUACCCAGUCAGGCUCACUGAAGUACCACCUCCAGCGGCACCACAGGGAGCAACGUAACGCCUUGUCAGCCUCCUCCAACUCCUCCUCCAGUGGUCUCACCUCCACUAUCAACAGUUUGACCUCUGGAUCCUCUGGGAUGGCCAAGCAGCGCAGAUCCCAGCUCAACCACUGCCCGGUCAACCGUGGCCCGACCGACGCCCCCGCGUCUCGGCCCAGCCAGCAGUCCUGGCUCUUGGGGCUUCCAGAUCAGCGGGAGCAUCGGAAGGCCUUGGCGGCUUUAAGGGAUGUCGACUUGGAGACCCAGUACAGGUAUCUAUCCGGGGUGAUGGGGGCCCUUUACCAAGGUGGAAUGGAAGGAGGCUGGAUCAGGGAGUCCCCCCCACCAAAGGCCCCUAAAGUGUCCCGUCGAAAGCCCCUCACCACGAGCCGAAUGGUUCAGCCGUCAAGCGACAAGGACGGACCUGCACCUCCAACUCAAGAAGGCGGUUUUGAACCCCUGGAUCUGUCUCGCCGCCCCUCACCUGGCCUUGGAGGAAUGGAGGAGGACGGAAGCAUGAGUGUCGGGGAGGGAGGAGGAGGGGAUAGUUCAGGGGUGAAGCUGAGCCAGUGUUUGUUCUGCCCUUUCCGUACGUCCUCAGCAGAGCUCAUGGCCAUGCACCUGCAGGUCAACCACACCAGUAAGUCAAGGCGCAAAAGAGCCCCUUCCACCACCUUGGAGGAUGAUGGCGCCCCAAAGGCCGCCAAGCCCAGGGUGGAUCCGUCUGACCUGGACUCUCUGACAAUAUGGAGGCAUGCGACCGAGGCAGAGUCCCAAGCAACGUUGGGGGAAUGGUCAUCAACGCAGGUCAAGACCCUGAACGGCCUAUCCGAAGACGCAGACGGCCAUCUGGACGACAUCCUCGACCACCCAGAUGUGGCCUCGGUAUCCAAGAAUGUAAGAGACGAACUGGCACUCAAGGGAAAGAUGGAGGGGGAGGAGGAGGAGGAGCAAGAGGAGGAGAUGGAAGAGAAUCUGGAGAGCAGCAGUCUGGAGGACUCAGAGGACCAGGAUCUGAGGAUGUCGCUCGCUCUUUCACCAGCUCUGAGCUCUGGCCACAUGGUGGGAGAGGAGGAAAGAGUCUUAACAGAUUAAAAUUCUUUGGGAUGACGCCAUUAAAAUUUGGAGAGUUGGGUUCAAUGUUUUCAGCUACAUUUGACACAGAAGUGAAGAAGGCGGCAGGAAGACAACAGAGGAUUCUUAACUCAACAACAUCACAGCUGUUAUUUUCCCUCCUUCCGACAUUAUUCGUCUACUUCGGUUCGGACAGCGUGGUCGCACCGCAACAUAAACUUCCUGUACAAAAGAGCAUAGAUUAAUCUUUUCAGGAUUUUGUGGGCCACUUUUAUUAUCUUUUUUUUUCCCUCCAAGCUUCACUCACAAGACAGAUGAUUUUUAAGGUAUUUGAUAAAUGAAAUGUUUAAGAUCUCGGGCAUCAAUCCUCAUGCGAUUAUUCCUCACAAGUAAUGGACUGUUUAUCUCAGACUGCUAUCCUGACCGAGCCACGGAGAGAUGCUCCUCUUCUGCUCAAUGAACAGUUUGAAACUACGAGUUCCUCCUCAGCCCACAGAGAUGUAGAGGAGAGCUGUGAACCUCAGCUAAGCUAUUUGGUAUUAAUUUAAGGCAUGAGGUAACGCGUGCUUUCCCUCAACUAUAUAUCACUGCCUUGUUUGUCUGAAAAGUGUUUCUGAUUGUCCUGAACAAAACUGAAAGAAACGUUUGUAACAUUUUUUUUUUCUUUUUCAGUUAGUGCCUGUUUAUGUGCGUUGUCAAGAGAGUCUCCGGUUAAUUUCUGCGCAUUGAGGCUCCGAUAGGUCGUUCAUUUUAUCUGAAUAUACAGUUUAAAACAAUUUAAGUACAGUAUAUUUGUUAAAAGUGGUUCUCUAGGGUGUUGUGAAUAGUUAAGUUGUAAAAGAAAUGUCCUUAACAGACGGCAGACGUUUGUGGCUCGGCUUAAAAAAGAAAAAAAUAAGUAUCGCAAGGAUGAUAAGCUGAGUGUUAAAAAAAACUUGGUCACAGGUCAAAAUUCAGUGUUUACAAUGACGCCGAAUGCGUGUUAGGGUUGCUGAGGCAACGUAGAUGCGCGGAAAAGAACAAAACUCGUCUGUUUGAGGGCUGUCGGGACGUCUCCAGAGCCCCCGAACGCAAUCAACUGACACACCCUUCUUAAAGAGACAGAGACUUAGCAACUGUGUCAAAAAAAGGAACAAUCUCUCCAGUCAGAGAGAAAGGUAGAGAGUGAAAAAGAAAGCGGGACCCCUGCCGAACGGGACUAAAUCUGAGAAACAAACUGUACUCUUUGGGGGUAUUGUGUCUUCUAGAUGAGUAGAUUCCCUCUCUUCUUCUUUUUUUAUAAAGAAAAGAAAAGACAAUGGUAGGAGUAAUUAUUAAAAACACUAACAAAUGCAUAGACAUCCCAGUAGAAUAUGUGUAGCUUUUGUAAAGACGAAGAAAAAAAAAAGCAGCAGACUUUUGUUUAUUUUCAUUUCAAGAUGCUUACAGAAAAAGGUUAUCAAUAUAGGUAAUAUUGAUUAUAAUGUUUGUGAGCUAAGACUAGUUGGAAUGUCUAUACAGAGCACUGUGCAAGGUUUUGAGUUCCCAAAGUAGUUGUUUUUUAUUUUGACUUUAUCAAUAGACCAAACGUUUUUUCAAUGGAAGUCGUCACUUUUAUGUUUUUUAAAUGUGUAAAAAGCUGUGGUUUUGAUAGAUUUACCCCAUCGAUCACGUCAAAAACAUCCACCAACCACCGAACUGGUUGUUAAAGAAAAGUUCGUUGUGUAAACAUCCGACACUUCUACUGCUACAAAUGAAAAACAAUCAUGAAGAAAAAUAUGAAUGUGAGGCAGUAAUAUCCCAUCACACUGGCUUAACAACCACUAUUUAUCUCCUCUAGACUACUUUUUGAUGGGGUAUUCUACGAUCGCAGCCACACCUUAAUGUGCAUUAAUGUGUUUCAGUUCCUUUUUUUAGAGCACCUUAUGAGUUUUGUAGUGAAAGUCCCUUAGUGGUGUCUCCUUAACAACUACUGUCAAUGCCAUCGUGCCUUCUGUUUCAAGCACUUCCUGGUGUAUUUUGUAAAACUCACCAAAAGCACUUAGCCUAUAUCUACACACUCUUUCUUCCUCUCUCUCUCUCUUUCUCUCUCUCUGCCCUUCCACUUCACCUCCUCUUCCUCUUCUCCUUCAUCACCUCGGCCCAUUUCCUUAAUCUUUUUCUCGUGUCUUUACCUUCUGACCCCGCUCUCUCCCGGGGGGGAAGUGGUUUUCAUACUGGAUUUGUCUCUACUGUUCAGGCCCGUUCGGCCUUAAACAAGGUCACUAGGCCUUCUUAUUAUUAUUAUUAUUAUUAUUAUUAUUAUUAUUAUGACACUCUAGCAUGGCUAGACUCUUGAAAGAAUGGACUACCUAACCUUUAGGCGAGUAAAAAUCAUAAUAGAUGUAGGGUUGUGGUAUUAAUACUAACCCUUUGUGAACCAAAGCCCAAGUCCUAGUCCAAUUAAUGUUAUAUUUAAAGGUGCCAAAACAUGUCUGAGAUGACACUAAAACAUGUAUAAACUUGAGAAAACAAGAUAAUAAUUCACCUCUCUUUCUUUCACCCACCCACCCUCCUUCUUCUUCUCUCUCUCUCUCUCUCUCUAAAGCUUGCUCUUCCUCCAUGUCGCUCUCUCGUCCGUAAACUGUCUAUCUAUCUCCAGCACCACUUGAAGGUGACGUGUACUAUCUGGUAUUGAGGCCUUUAUUAGAUUUUGAUUUCAGUUCGUGUGGUGUUUGUUCAAUGCCGUUGAGAUGGAAAAAUGCUCUUCUUAUAAUGAUAAUUAUUAUUGUUUUGGCAUUAUGGUUAAAAAAAACAAACAAAAGAGACAAAAAAACAAACAAACAAGAGAAAUGUGUUGUUGAAUGUUGUACAGAUAGCACUAGCGAUGUUGUGUUUUUUUAAAGAGAGCACAAACCCGAGCGAUGGUCCCUUCGACUCCUCCCACAGGCAGAUGGGAAUAAAACAGCCUGCCAAUCAAUCUACAUGUCUAAUGACUAAAAAUGUCCUCGGCGAUGACGGAUUUUCAAAACAAACCCUUUUGUCUGAGUAGCGUUCUUCUAUGGAGAUUUGAAUGUAAAAAGGCAGCCUUUGACUCAAACUCCAGUCCCAAAUUUAUUGCACAGAAAACAAAUAAAGCAGCACUUGAGCCAAUAUUUCUACUCUUUUGAAGGUAUAGUUUGUGCAUCUGGUUCACAACAAACGCAAAGAGAGUUUUUGCCCCGUUUGAGACAUGCCAACGUAGGUACCAAUCAUGUUUUUUUCCACCAUUUACAUUCGGCCGAAAUACCCACUAUUGCUGCUUUGUACUCCUUGUAAAAGUCCAAAAUAUCUUGAAAAACAAAUGUCGUUGAGUCAGGGUUCAUAACAUUAUUUGGAGAUACAAAGUUUGAAUUUCACCAAACUGUGUCUGGAUGACUGCAGCCGUUUGAACCUCCCAAAAAACUGAUUUUAUUGUGAUUUAACAGCAAUAAAUGGAUCACAAGUACGCCGAAUUAACUAUAUAUUGACGUAGAUCUGUAAAAAGUCAGAAUUUACACUUUGUCACGUCUGUUUGCAAGCCGACAAGCAAACAACUUUAAAAACGCUUGUUUUCUUAAUGGAAUUCUGAAAGGAAUCUUAUAUCUUAUGCUCUGUGUAAAUUUGCAUCGUUGCAUUGACUUUCUAAUCGUUCUGUGUGGAAAAGUUCACUUUGCUUUUACUCACUAUAAGAGUUAAACAAACACAUGGGUGUCUUCAACACAGGAUGAGUAGAAGCUUCUCUGAAAACUGGUAAAAGACAUAUUUACAUUUCUCCAAAAAUGGACGGUUGGUCUAUUUAAACCAUCUGUUACAUUAAAAAAAUGUGCUUAUAAAGUAACUCAUUUUGCUUAAGUAUUCAGAUCCUUUAUUUAGGUAAAAAGAAUACAAAUACUACAAUGAAGAUACACUGUAAAAGAAAAAAAAAAAGAAUUUUCCAGAAAUUUACUGAAUUAUUAUACAGGGUUUUUCUUGUUUGUGCAAUGCCAUAAAGGAUCAUAUCUUCUUUUUUUUUUUUUAAGUAUUAUUCAAUUGCUUAAUAGUCUUGAAUGUUAAAUUUCAGUGAAUUCUAUGUAAAAUCCAAAAAUUACACAUCAUAUUGCUGAACUUAAAAUUAAGGCAUUUUUCUGUUUUCUUACUAUAAAAAAAUAUGUAAAAAGACAUCACUUAAAAACACCGUCAGUUAUUCUAUAGAAAAAUGUUUUUUAAAACACAGAUAUUUACUGUUUUGUGUAUUGUUAAAGAAAUUAUCUGUUAAAUAACUUUUUACCGUUUUUUUACAACUUUUUUUUUUACAGCGUACUCCAGAGUCUUUUGACUUACUUAAGUAAAGGUAUGAUCAGCAAAAUGCACUUUUGUGGUAAAAGUGUGCAGUAAAAUGUUCUCUGUCAGUGUUUUACUAUUAUAAAAGAUUUUUGGACUAAUAUUAAUGCUGCAUUAAUGUGAAUGCUGCUUUUGACCGCUGUAGAUGUUCAAAGUUGUAUCAUAUUGUGAGAACUAUGUAUCCCUAAAAAGUCUUUUAAUCUUUUUAUGGUGUCAGAUAAUAAAAAAAAUUGUCUGACACAUUGGCUUAAAAGAACUCUUAAUUCUUUAGUUUAUCAGAAAAAUCACCAAAUUUGGAGAUACAUGGUUCUUAGAGGACAGGAAGGGGAUAAAAAAAUACUAAUCUGUAAAGGAACUAAAGCUGUCAGACAGAUGUAGUGAAGUAAAAGUACAAAGCAGCAUAAAAUGGAAAGACUCAAGUAAAGCACAAAUACCUUAAAUUUGUACUAAAGUGGAGAAUUUGUACAUACUUACAUUCAGAAUUAAAACUUUUUGUGUCCUACCAGCCACAAUGGAGGAGCUCCUACUCGUUCAUCCAAUAAAUCAUCCUUCAGAGUUCCCAAAAACUCAAAUGAGUCAUCCUUGAUUUUGGUUGAUUUCUCCACAAAAAAACAAACUAUGCCUUUCCACUUGCACUCAUCUGAAUACCACGUGGCUCCACUUGUGAUUUUUUUUUGAUUGCACCUUAACUCCUGAUUCUAUAUCAGAUGAUUUCACCAAAAGGACAACAUCAGUGUCCGUCGGUCCGACUGUUUGAAACGUUUGCUCAUUGUGAAAUGACAAAUCCCUGCGAGGCGAGGGGGCCGUGCUGGGUUUGGGCUCUUGUGUAGUUGACUGCCAUUGCAGUGAGGGAAAACUGAUCUAACAUAGUAGUGACUAAUAUGACUUUGUGGACAGAUUAAAAAAAAACAUAAAAAUAAAACACAUUAGAAAUAAAUAAACACAAACAAAAAUAA